GGGGUAGUGACAAGCAGGAACACUCUGGAAAGCAGGGGAGUCGGGGAACAGAGAGAGAGAGAGAGGGCUGUGGGUCCUGAGGGAGAUAGAGCAGGUAAGCAGAGAAAGAGAGGCAGGAGGAGGUUCCAUAGUCCAGAGGAAGAGAGAAGGGAACAAGAAACAGAUUGGGCCUCAAAGAUCCUCAGGGGAGCAAUGAAGCUACGGGGGUCCCUGGCCUGUCUCCUGCUGACCCUAUGCCUGGGUAGUGGAGCGGCUAGCCCACUGCAGAGCGGAGGAGAGGGCGCGGGCCCAAGCGCCUCACAGGGAAUGGGAGACGCCAUUAGCCACGGAAUUGGAGAGGCUGUGGGUCAAGGGGCUGAAGAAGCGGCCAGCUCUGGAAUCCAGGAUGCCCUUGGUCAGGGGCAUGGAGAGGAAGGCAGCUACGCACUGAGGGGGGCCAGGGGGGAUGCUUUCGAUCACGGGCUCGGGGAAGCAGCGCGAUCUCUGGGCGAUGCGGGCCACGAGGUCGGCAGACAGGCCGAGGGUGCCAUUCGACGUGGGAUAGACGCUGCCCACAACUCCGGGUCUUGGGGGGCAUCCGGAGGCCAUGGAAUGUUUGGCUCUCAAGGCGGUUUUGGAGGCCACGGCAAUCCCGGCCGUCAAGGGACUCCCUGGGCCUCAGAAGGCAACUUUGGAACCAACUCUCUGGGAGGCUCUGUGGGUCAGGGUGGCGAUGGCAGGUCAUUCAACUAUGAGGCCAACGGUCAGGGGGCUGUGGCUCAGCCUGGCUACGGGUCGGUGAGAGGCAGCAACCAAAACUCAGGGUGUACCAACCCCCCGCCGUCCGGCUCCCGUGAAAGCAGCUCUGGGGGAAGCAGCAGUGGUGGUGGCAGUGGUGGCCGUGACAGCAGCAGUGGCAGUAGUCAAGGCGGCAGCAGCGGCAAUAGUCACGGCAGCAGCGGCCACGGCGGCCAAGGCAACGGCGGCCAAGGCAGCGGCGGCCACGGCAACGGCGGCCACGGCAGCGGCGGCCAUGGCAACGGCGGCCAAGGCAGCAGUGGCAGCAGCAGUUCUGGGUCCCGGGAUGUGGAGACGUCCAAUUUUGAUGAAGGCUAUUCAGUCUCCAGGGGAGGUUCCUCGGGCAGCCGAGGUGUCGGUGGAAAUAAACCCGAGUGUGACAACCCAGGAGAUGAUGUGCGCACGUCCGGAGGAUCCAGGAAUCAGGAGAGUCGAGAAAGCAGCGGGCUCCUUGGGGGUCCCCACGACUACCAGGAGCAUGGGUUCAGCGGGGACGGAGGACGCAACGAAGCCGUCAGUGGACUCAAAGCCGUGAACUCUGACCCGUCUUCCUUGCCCUUCAACUUCGACAGUUUCUGGGAGAAUUUUAAAUCCAAGAUGGGUUUCAUUAACUGGGACGCCAUAAACAAGGACAAAGGGAGCUCUUACAAACCAUGACCGCCAAAUGAGGAGCCACCAGCUGGAUGGGAAUCCCACCAUUCCCUCACCCUGACUCUCUCCCCUGCCCCCGGAAAUAAACCAUAGCUGUCCCACA